AUGAGACUUAUUACCCAUAACAUGCUGCAAUGCCACGUUAAGAAUUGCAAUACAAACAAUUUUCCCCUUCGUUUUGAAGACGCACAAGUAGAACUCAUCGAAGCUGACUAUAAUCCUGAAUUUCUGGCAAACAUGCUCGACAAGAUCGAAUGGGAUGCUUUGCUUCAAACUGCUGUGCAGCUUGGUAUCGCAACAUUGCCUGCUCAGAUUCCCGAAAACGCUUUAGAAAACGAAGAAUUCCUCAAGGCAUUGCAUAGUGUACUUUUAGAGACCCACGUGCAACAAGGACGCAUGGUAUGCCCCAACUGCCAACAUGUAUACAAUAUCAAAGACGGUAUCCCCAACAUGCUUUUAGCCGAACACGAAAUUUAA